AUGACCUCUCAGAAGAGUGCGCUGAACAUCGUUAUGGGUGCCAUGACGUUCGGAGAGGCUGGCAAGGAAGGUGCAAGAGUGCACAACCUCAAAGAUGUCGAGGCGAUCCUGGAUAUCGACACUGCGCGCACCUACACCGGCGGCACGAGCGAAGAGUACCUCGGGAAGAUCGACUGGCGUAAGCGAGGCUUGAAGAUCGAGACGAAGCUGUAUCCCAAUGUCCUCAACAGUUGCAGUCGAACAAAAGGCUUCAAAACCCGGAUCGAGUUAUCAUCUCUCAUUCUCCCUGAGGACCUGCGCAAGCACCUUGAGGCAUCUAUGAAAGCACUGAACAUCGACCAGCUGGAGAUGUGGUAUCUCCACGGCCCGGAUCGCACUACUCCGUAUGAGGUGACCUUGAAGACAAUGAACGAGCUCUACAAGGAGGGCAAGUUCAGGCGCUUUGGUAUAAGCAACUACAUGUCAUGGGAGGUCGCGGAGAUUGUGCAGAUAUGCAAGACGAAUGGCUACAUUCAACCAACUGCAUACCAGGGCAUCUAUAAUGCCAUUCAUAGGAAGGUCGAGCCAGAGCUGUUCCCAUGUCUGCGAAAGUACGGAAUCAGUUUCUAUGAGUUCAAUCCUUUAGGAGGCGGGUUCUUCACGGGAAGGUACACGUCGCUGGACCAGCAGGUUGAACCAGGCUCCAGAUUCGAUCCGGAGAAAGGUCAAGGAAGGAGCUACCGUGCGCGCUACUGGAACGAACCCUACUUCAAAGCGCUCGAGUCCAUCCAGGAAGUCGCACAGGCCCACGACCUGACGAUGGCUGAGAUCGCGCUACGCUGGAUUUCCCAUCACAGCCUCAUGAAGCGCGAAUACGGCGACUCGGUGAUUAUCGGCGCAUCUAGCGUGCAGCAUAUCGAGCAGAACUUGAUUGACCUGGAAAAGGGUCCCCUUCCCGACGAGGUUGUGGGGGCAUUAGACGAGGCCUGGCUCUCCGUGGCUCCUUAUGCGACCAACUAUUUUCACUGA